AUGUCCUCAUCGGAACAUGCAUCGUCCCUGGACAUAGAAUCAAAGGCAUCACACGAGGCUGAGACGCCUGCCGUACAAGAGGAGGGCAAAGAGGCCGAGACAGUAGUGGCAGAUGAGCCGUACUCGGCCUUUCCGCGGCCUCUCAAGGUAUUCAUCGUCACGGUGGCGUCCGCCUCAGGCUUCAUGAGUCCGUUUGCCAUCAAUAUAUACAUGCCGGCUGUGCCAGAUAUCUCGCGGCACCUGCAUAUCUCAUCGGCGCAGGCACUGCUCUCGUUGACGACGUACCUGAUCUUCCAGGGCCUUUCGCCCUCCAUAUGGGCUCCUCUCUCAGAUACCUAUGGCCGUCGGCCUAUCCUCGUAUGCACGUUCUUGGUCUUUCUGGCGGCCAACCUGGGUCUGUCCUUUACGAAUGUGUACUGGCUCCUGCUGGUCCUGCGCAUGCUCCAGGCGUGUGGCGCCAGCAGCGCCAUCGCGAUUGGCGCCGGAUGCAUUAGCGAUGUGUCGCAGCAAAAAGAGCGCGGCUCGUAUAUGGGCUACUUUCAGUUUGGCACCUUGCUCGGCCCAUCGAUUGGUCCGAUCGUGGGCGGUUUCAUGGCGCAGGCGUGGAAUUGGCACGGUGUCUUUUUCUUCCUCAGUGCGUUUGGAGGUGUGUACAUGAUCUUUUUGAUCUUCUUUCUGCCUGAGUCUCUUCGUGCCUUGGUCGGCAAUGGGUCCCUGCAGCCCGUGGGAGUGUGGCGAACGAUCGUUCCUCUGUGGACAAAAAGGACCUACGGGACGAAACCCAAGCCGAUGAAGAUGCCACCCAAGCUUCACAUCAAGACGAUGGGUUUCGACAAACCGUGGCGGAUGUAUGGCCAGCCAGACGUGGCCUUGAUGAUCGCCACCUACGCCAUUCCCUUCGGAAGUUUCACAUUGAUGAGCUCGUGCCUGUCGCCCGUGCUGUAUGAUAAUUACGAAUUGAAUUCGUGGCAGAUGGGUCUUUGCUUCUUGGGCAUUGGGUGCGGCAGUGCUGCGGGAAGCAUCGCCGUGGGCCAUCUCUUGGAUCGCGAAUACGCGAGGGCCAUGGGCGUGCAUGGCGACCAAUUGAACCUUCAUCACGUUCGAAUGAAGUACAUGCCCCUCUUCAACAUCCUGUUCUCGGUCUUUUUCAUUGUCAAUGGGUGGCUGCUGAAUUAUACCAUUUACCUGGCCGCACCGCUGAUCAUGCAAUUUUUCGCCAGCUGGUUCGCUGUGAUGUACUUUAAUUGCAUCAACACGGUGCUGGUCGACAUAUAUCCCCAACGAGCAGCCUCUGUCACGGCAGCCUUGAACAUUGGCCGAUGCCUCACAGCCGCAGGCUUCGUUGCUGCCUCCCAGUACAUUAUUGAUGCCAUUGGCUAUGGAUGGACGCAGACUAUCUUUGGGCUGGUCUCCCUCUUGGCCCCGAUGCCCAUGGCAUGGGCGGUGAUGCGGUACGGUCCCACCUGGAAGCACAGGCGUGAGUGUGUGUCACGUGAAUAA